AUGUCGAAGCCAUGUGUCUUGCACUGCCUGGAUGUCAAGAUGGCCCAAGAGUACUGGGGUACAUGCCAGGAGUACUCGGGCUAUGUCACAAAGCCGGGCUUCUGCCACAACCUCAAGCAGAUGCUAACGUGCAAGUCGGGUGACUGGGGCACUGCGUUCAGAGAGUGGGGUGUGCUUCAGCUCUAUGUCGCAGUCAUCGUGGCCAUCAUCGUGGCAUGCAUCGACGCUUUCUCGAAUGAGAACCAUAACUGGAUCACGAUCGGCUGGAGAUGCUGCGUGCAGAUCGUUCUUGCCUACCUUUUCGCACACCUCGGCUGGUUUGGUGUGGUCCGAAAAGAAGGGUGCUUCUGCUGCAUCAUCGCCUGCUGUGAAUGCCCACCCGUCCUGCUCUUCUGGGGCAUCCUGAUGAUGUUCUGGGCGUGCGGCUCCGUCCUUUCGGUGGCUGCUACUGUGGGCGCCUGCGCGGUGUGCUGGGUGAGCGUGAUCCUUCAGUGCAUCUAUGCCAUCAUCCUCCUGUACAUGGGCUAUGCCUGCCUGAUGCUUUGGAUGCAGCUGGGAAAAGAGAUCAUCCCGCCGAAUAUCGACGUGAAAGGCCCCGAGGGGGACGUCAUCGGCCAUGCGGCGUUGGAGCUGGAUCCCCAGGCCAAUGGAAGAAGGUCUGCGGCGGAACUGCGGCGUGGUGAGUUUGCCAGGUUGCUGCACAUCCCGAAGGAGGUUGCCGUGACGUGGGCCAAUUUGGAGCAGGUGAUUGAGAGCGAGGUUGCGGUGCUGCGGGCGCUGCUGGGGGGACGACCAAUCUGGAUAUGCCACUGCCAAGCGCAGUGCGUGGUCAGCGGCGUCCAGCUCUCCACAUGGCAGCCAGACUGUGGGGCUUCUUUGAAUGGCAACCCGGUGGACGUCAUAGGAGAGGCUGCCAGUCGAGAAUACGACGCGCUGGUCCAGUCCGACGAAGAUCAGGCACUUUGUGAUCUUCUACGCUGCAGGCGAGACUGCUUGGAGAAUUGCCCAGAGCUGGAAAGUUUCAGGGAGCAGUGCAGCAACGUCCAGAGCCUUCUACAUGGCUGCAGCGUGGACUGCGGCCAGACGGCUGAAGUCCCGGCUUCGCGGGAGCUGGCCUUGUGUUUGGUCGGCCAGCUGCGGGGCGUGUGCCAGGCGGAGGACUUCUCAUCGCUGUUCGAUGUAUUUCUGGCCAACUUCGCCAGUGUUGAUGUUUUCUUGGUCUUCCCUGACACAUCCUGUGCCGAAGAUGUCGCCCUGUUUGAGAAGGCGGCAGAUUUGCACGACGACCUCCGCAUCUUUUCGCUCUGCCAGUCGGACGAUUUUUGGGACCCAGUUGAAACGCACUUCGUGGAUUGGUUCAAGGGGCACGAGUGGUGGGCGACUGUGUGGCACAACAUGACCCGCUUGCGGAACAUCAUGCUGUGGGGAAAGCAUGUAGCGGCCUGUGCUGCGGCAGUCGACGCGACGCAGACGGAGUAUCGAUUUGUCGCGCGGGCCCGGCCAGAUGUCAAGUGGGUGAGCUUCAUCCAACGAGCUGAGCUUGAGAAGUGGGUCCCAGGGCAUGUGCUCACCAACUUCGUCGCCAUGCCGAUCCAGGGCGUGGCUGAGGAUACCUUUGCUCUGGGUGUGUGGAGUGAUAUGAAGAAAUAUUUCGCAUUCUACACUGACCAACUACUGGAUAUAGACCGGCUGGAGACAACUUUGGCACCCUGGUGUGUGGUGCAUGCCACACUCCGCAACCGCGCACACUGCCAGAGAAUCUUCCCGGAGAAUCUGAUCGAGGAGCACCUUCGGCGUCACCAGCAUGUACAGAUCCAGAAGCGGCAAGAGAUCUGCUUCGAGCGGGUGGCGCCCUGCAUGCAGGAGCGGAAUCACUACUGUACCAGGUACAAGCAGCACGCCCGGGGCUUUCUUCAGAGCCACCCAAAGGACUACUUGCUGCUGGACAGGGACUUUUUCCUGACGGCCUCUGGGUCCUACGCGGACUAUGACACAGUGCUGGCGGCCCGUUUGGUGCACUUCCUGUUGGCCGAGAGCUCGGGUCUGGGUCACCCGGCGCGGGUGGUGGACAUGGGCUGCGGCCGCGGCUCCUACGUGGAGUUCUUCAAGAGCUGGGGCCUGCCGGUGGUGGGCAUCGACGGCAACGCGGUCAUCACCAGGUCCAUCCGCUUCAACUCCUUCCUCUACGACUUGACCACCCCCCUGGACCUGAAGGAGGCCUUUGCCAAGGACAGCUGCGACUUUUCCAUGUUGCAGCAUGGCAGCCUCGUGGAGAAGGAGUACGCAGAGGAGGUGGCGUCCACAAUGGGCUUUGGGCCUCUCCAGUUAAGCCUCUAUGCAUUGGUUCCCAGGAUCCAAGGAUCUUACUUCCGGGCAUCGAAGCAUCCGGAAGGCCAUGCAUCAGAGAGCCUCCUUGAUCAGGAGACUGUGCUGGACUACCUCAGAACUGUUUGCUGUGCAGACAAGCGAUGCGCGGCGUUUUCCUUGACGAGCGAAGGAGGCGUUUUGCUAACGUGGCAACUUGUCAAUGCCCAGGAGCCAGCGAGUGCAUGGCAGAACGAGGGAGCUACUCGCUUUGCGCCCGUGGACACGUACAUAUGGUAUCAGGUGAGAAGCGCAUAUGUGGUCAACUCCACUGGCUUCCUGGAGAUCGCCGGCCCCGGCAACUUUCUCAACUUCCAGCUGCAGCAUGCGGAGAUGGAGCCGCAGUUCAGCUCCGGCGACUGGAUCCUCUCCCUGGGUUUGGGCUCGGAGGUGCCAAGGAUGGGCGAGAAAGUCUUGGUGAAGAACCUUGCCAGAAAUGCUGAACAGGGGGUGAUCCUCAGCUGGGGCCAGGGCCGCAACAAGCGCAGCCAGGCAGAGGUACUGGAGUUGUUCGAGGCCUAUGGCUACCAGCUGGACGCUGCAGCGUCCGACUCCUUGCGACUCUUCUCUGGGCUUCUGCAUGCGCCGGAGAGAGAGGACUUGCUGGUGCUCCGGAAGCGACAGACGCAACAGCAAGCGGGCGCUCAAGAUGUGGAGCUGAUUGAUGAGUGGGGCGGAUUACGCUGUCACGAAGCCACUGCAAAGAUGCAGCAUGGGCUGCAGGGCAAGACCUCGCAGUUUGGCCCGCUCGGGCACGGCCGUAUGUGGACCAGUGGUGGCUGCGUGGGGCGAUUUCGUGCAGGAGCGCACGGCAAGGUGAUUCUUUGCAGCAGUCAGUUCAAGAAAUUCAUGGAGUGCUCCCUUCCCGGCUUCAUCGGCGCAGAGGAGAGAGGCCCAGAUGUGGACAGCAUUGAGGCUUCUGCGCUCUAUGAUGCAGCUGACCACAUGGUGCCGGCUCCUGGUGUAUGGCUCGGCGACCCACGCCUGAACUUGGUCUUCUUCAAGAUUGCUCGCGCCAUUGCAGCACCGUUCCGCAUCGAGAUGUUGCACUCAGCAUGGACGUGGUUCUGGAGCACCAGCUGGCCGCUUCUCAUUGCCAAUGCGCCUGAGCCGCACAGGAUUUUUACACCUUGGACGAAGCCCUUGGAGCCGGGGGUCCUGGUGUGGCAGACAGGGCGUGUGCUGCUCGCCCUUUAUCAGCUCUCCUGCCGGCUGCAGAGCAAGGAGCGCACCACGAGAGGCGCGUGGGGAGGAGUUCAAGAGCGUUUGGCGGCGCUGGAGGAGUCUGUGGGACAGGUGGGUGCUCCGGAGAUGCUCAUUCAGCAGUUGGCUGACCUGCAGAGUGAGGUGAAUGCAUCCUUGCAGGGCCUAACCGCCAAGGAGGCCGGGAAGACAGGGCUGGGGAGUGGCCCUGGCUGGCAAGUGCCAUUCCUGAUCUCCCAGAUUUGCCAGUUAAGGCGCCAGCUCAUGUUCUCUCCGGCGCCCGAAGAUUCUGGGGGCUUGGGAUUGAAAGAGGCCGGCUGCGAAGAUCCUGUGUGGAAGGAGCCAGUGAAUGUUGCCUCGAUUUGGGACAAGGAGUCCGUCACCGGCUGGUAUUUGUACCGGCUCGCUGCUGUGGACCCCACCAUCCGCGGCCGCCGCGCCCGCCGCGCCCGCCGCGCAUGCCCGCGCGCCGAGGUCAUAGCUUGUGUGACCGUUUGCCUGGACCCCAAGCCGAUGGAAGCCAAGCAACUGGAGCAACAGCCUCGCGACAUGCCGAUGGCGGAGACUUCGCUGGCGCCGGGUAGACCAGGCGUCCUAAGGAACUUCCCAGCUUGUAAAGUGUACUACUAUGAGGACCCCGAGCUCGCUCUGCUGCACCUCGUUUCUCAUCCAGCCUUCGGAGCUGGCAUAGGCUCUGACUUGCAGGCCGCCCGGGUGGCCCUUUGUGUACUGAGCAGCAUGGGCUUCAGGUCGGCAGGACAUGGGCGCUUUGCGGUGGUGCUACUUUCCUGGCACACCACUUCCAGCGGCGUUCUUGACGUGUUUGAGGACACCAUACCGCUUGGACCAGACCUGGCAAAAGCUGCGGACCUUGCGAGGCGCGAGCCUCAUGAACGCUAG